GCCAAAAUCCAACCAAUAAAUUCCAAUCCAAAAACACGAGAAUCAUAUCUUAUCAAUACCAGCAAAUUAUGAAGUGGGGUAGAAGAAAAUCCUCCUCAGUUUCUUCUUCAUCUAAACGAUCUUUCAUCUCUCAUGUAUCUCCCCUUUCAUGGCUGUCCAAGUUCAAGAAGAUGAGAAUCAGCACAGAGCCAGUUCCUGGAAAAUUGAAACAAAAGGGUGUGCUGAAUUCUCCAUCGGCUACUUCAAUGCAGUAUAGUUGUGGUAAUGAUGGUAGGUUGUACGGUAAGGAUGAUGACGCUUUUUGGAGACUUUCAUUUGGCGAGGACAGCCAUGAACGUAAGAAAAGUGAAGAUACUGUGAAAUCAGCAAGGCACAAUUUGGAUAUAGGUCGUAGAUGGAAUGCUGAGAAACAGGAAGGAAGAAGAGAGGGGACUUCAACGUUCAAGGAGGAUCAAAGAAAGUUGCCAAAUGAUACUAAGAUUCUACCACAGAUGAAUGAGCGUAGUCGAGGAAAGGAAUUUGAAAAGUUGAGGAGGAGAUUUGAGAGGAAAGCUCAAAGAGUAUUGGAAGAGCAAGUCUUAAAAUUGGAAAGAGAAGCAGAGGAUGCAUCAGCUUUAUCGUUAGUGAAGGAGACGCCACAACUUGGAUCACCUGCAACAAUUUGGACACCAAGAAGACAAUCUUUUGCCCAUUUUGAUGAUUUUAAGAAGUCUAGCCAUGCGCGAAUGAAAGAUCGUGCAUUUAAUACUCUGAGCCUUCAGAAACAUGAGAGACAGAUUUUACAUCAAACUGAGGAGUUGAAGGCAAAGACUGCAAAGAAGAGUGAGGCACCUCAAGUGAGCGGAGAAAUCCAAAGGAGGAAAUCAAAGAACAGCACUAAGGUCAAAGUAUUUUCUCCAAGGAUGAGCUCCAAUGUUGAAACAUGUAAAAUAAAGGCUAUAGAAGAGAUGAGGAAAGCGAAACUAAAGAUGAAGAAAGCAAAGGAGAAAAUCAGGGAGGGAAAGCAAGGCUUAGAUAGCUUUGCCGUGGUAAAGUUUUCAUUGGACCCACAACAAGACUUCAGAGAUUCAAUGGUUGAGAUGAUCAGAGAGAAGCAGAUCAGCCAGCCAGAGGAAAUGGAAGAGCUUUUAGCAUGUUAUCUGACUUUGAAUUCUGAUGAAUACCAUGAUCUCAUCAUCAAGGUAUUUCGGCAGGUAUGGUUCACCAUGAACUUAGAUAGUAAGGGUAUUAAGUUAAACAAGCAAUGCUGCUAUGACUAG